AGCCAUAAACCAUAAAAGUAUUAUUUUUAUAGUGCUUAAGGAUUGACGUUGUAAAUUCUUUGCAUACGAGUCCUGUACAGUAUUAUUUUUAGUCUAGUAGUCCCUAUAUAACGUGCUGAGAUGAUGAAUAAUUGCAUGGUCAAGAAUUAAUUCUCAUAGUUUUUACCGCAUUAAAAUUGUAUUAAAAAAUAUUAUAAAAUAUGGCUAUUAAAUGUAUUUUAAAAUAUCUGUUGAGCAGCCAAAAGUACUGAUGACCUACAUGCUGUUUUCUAUUGUGAGUUCAGUGACAUGUCAUUAUUCAUGGUUUCUUCUGAAGACUGUCCUCGCGUGUCCAACUGGUAGAGUUGCUCUGUUUUCAUUGGAGUGGAGCUUCUUCCUGAGAACUUCGUCAUGAGAUCAUCGUCAUCUGAUUCCCCAACAGCUGCAGGAAUCCAGUUGCGUUGAAGUGGACGAUGGACAUUGCUGUGUGCGCAGGUCUCCGAACCUCUUGCGCUUAAAUCGCGAGGAUUUGCGUCGAUCUACAUUAAACUUAAGUAGCUUAUUGUUUUUCUCAAAUAAGUCUUUCUCUUAAUAAAAAUAUUUUUCAUGGUGUUCAUAUGAACUGAGGAACCGGGACCAGUUCUUUUUUCAAAGUAUAAAGGAGUGAUAGUUUGAGUGCGCAUCUGCUUGUUUAAGCCAUAGUUUUUCUUCUCCACCUGUGGACUAUGACCCUGGACACAGAUUUAAUGGAUGACCUCGUUGUCGACGUGGUAGGUGAAGGUGGCAAGGAAUCUGGAGACGGUCGUCUUUCUUCUGCAUCCGACCACCGGAUAAACAACUCAACAUCCCUGUCCGAAAACCAGUCAAGCAACGGAGAUAAGGACCACGUACCCUCUUCUAUAUGUCCGUCAACCUCGAGCAAAAGCACGUCGGUGAAACCGCCCUAUUCUUACAUCGCCCUGAUCACCAUGGCCAUCCUUCAGAGCCCCAAAAAGCGUCUGACUCUCAGCGAGAUCUGUGACUUCAUCAGCCUUCGGUUCGCGUACUACCGAGAGAAAUUCCCAGCUUGGCAGAACUCCAUCCGACACAAUCUUUCUCUCAACGAUUGUUUCGUAAAAAUGCCACGGGAACCGGGUAACCCAGGUAAAGGGAAUUACUGGACUCUGGAUCCAAAUUCAUCGGACAUGUUUGAGAACGGAAGUUUUCUGAGGAGGAGGAAGCGAUUUAAACGACACCACUUCAAAUUCGGUGUGUUUAAAGAUCAAGCGCUUCAGCCGAAUGGCUUUCCGAAUCUUGGCUACGGCGCGUACAGUCUCAGCGCGUCCUGCGCGCACUUACCGGGUUUGGAUAUCUACCCGUUUGGCUUCCAUCAGCCCAUCGGUGUACCACCUCUCGGCAGCAUUUUACCUGCUCUCUCCACGCUUUUCUCACGGAACUGUGUCGCCAAGUCUUUUCCACAGUCCCAAACAGUGGCUAUAGAGCCUGUCACCCCUGGGUUAACCUGUCCGGUUGCUCCGUCCUCUCAUUACGCAUCUUCGGGACUGUUCAAUCCAGUGGGCUUCCCUCGGGUCCUCAGUCUUCAAUAUGAGUACCAGAAACUGCAGAAUCUGCAAGACUUGACAACUAAACAUAGACUCUUGGCUAGCGUCAAUAACUAGGUGCGCAUGGGAAACAUUUAGAUUUAAAACUAUCUUUUCUCAGGAAUUAAUUUUCAUGUAUUCGGAGUCAAGUUUAGCAGGCAAAUGUCUGAGCAACUCUGAAUGGACGUUGAGUUUUGUUUCUAUCAUUAAGGCUUUCUGUUAAAUGACAAAAAUGUUACUGGUGCAUGGUGUUUUAUUGGAAUGAAGAAAUUGUAAUAAUUUGAAUAAUCUAGCUUCGAUUUAUUGAACU